CAAUUCAACAGUUUUAUCCAACCUGCCUGCUUACCCAGCAGCUCAACUCCCUACGAUCCCAAGCUUCCAUGUGAGAUGGCUGGCUGGGGCAGAUGGCAGAGAGAUUCCAAAGCGAAACCAGACAAGUUGCAGUCAGUGAGGCUGCCUAUAAUGAGCAGCGAGGAGUGCCACCAUUCAUUCCCCAGUCUCAAUAGGUACUUUCUCACGAAUGAUUCUUUCUGUGCGGGAUACAACGAUAGGGAGGUGGGAGGCUGCCACGGGGACAGUGGAGGGCCUUUCGUUUGCAAUAUCAAUGGUUGGUCAGUCUUCGCAUCAAUAAUUAUGCAUAAUUAUUAUAACAUAACUCGCGUCCAAUCGCCAAACAUCCUCUUGCGAGUGGCUUCCUUCGUAGACUGGAUUGAAGGGGUCAUCAACAACCACGAAUAA